AUGUUAACCCUUGAGGACUCAACUUUCAAACAAUUAACAUGUGUGUCGAAUCAUUUCACUAUAAAUUGGACAGCAAUAAGGUUUGGUGGUCAAUGGGAUCAGAAAUGCUUUGGGACAUUACUUCCCAACACAAUUUGGCCUUUAUUAGGCACACUUGACCCCUAGAGAAGAUUAUCUUUGGGGUUACAAAGUCUCUUGUAACUAAGCUUCUUUCUCAAUUUCAGGCCAAAUACUCAGUGUUUAAGUGAUUAAAACUUACAGUGAGGAGCAAAAAAAACUUGGCUUUUACUUCAAGUGGUCAAUGUUAACAGUGUAACCAAACAGUUUAUCUCUGAGGUGUUCUGAGUUCUACUACCUGUGAUAAGGUACCAAGAACUUACUCAAACUCAAGGCGAGAUCUUAUGGCCUUAUCCAAGGUGGCCACUUCAAGGUGACCACAAUGAAAUUUCGAUUGAGAAUACAUGCGAGUGGUUAGUCCUGCCCAGAGUGAUGCAUGAUAAUUGUGUGCUUAUCACCACAUAUAAAAACAUGUGUGAUAGGAGAACAACCCUCGUGUCCAGACAACACGGAGCAAUCCAAAGGAAUCCAAGGUAGUCCUGGAGGAAGAGGACAACUUUCUGAAUCAUUUGGAAAAGCAACAGUUUGGUUAGAUUUUCUGUAAACUACAGCAGUAUCCCCUAUUCAAGUGUUUUACAAUGGCUACUCUGAAGGAAAAGAGAACCUGUGGCCAGAGGUGUCAAGACUUUGGUCAUUUUGUUUGGAAUUCCGAUGAAGGGAAAAUCAUGGGAAGAACGCCGGAAAGAUGGGUGUACAUCAGCCUGUAUUACGCCGCAUUCUACGUGGUGAUGACGAGCUUGUUUUCCCUGGCCAUCUACGUGCUCAUGUACACACUGGACCCAUACACCCCAGAUUAUCAGGACCGAUUAAAAUCGCCAGGUGUAAUGGUCUGGCCGGACACAUACAAUGAUGAAGUUCUAGAGAUCAGCUACAAUAUGUCAGAUAAGAAAGACUGGAUGAAGAUGUCCAAGAUUCUUCAGGACUUCCUUAUACCAUACAACGACACCAAACAGUCACAAUGCAAUCAUUAUAACUGUACAACAGGCAAGUACUUCUUCCAACACAAGUUCAACGCUCCGAAACAUACCAAGUGGUCUUGUCCUUUCUACCAAAGCACGCUGGGAAGCUGUUCUGGCCUUGAUGACCACACAUUUGGCUACAACACCAGCCAGCCAUGUGUAAUCAUCAAGAUGAACAGGGUCAUCAACUUCCUGCCAAACAACGGGACGGGAAGUGCUCCGUAUGUGAACUGCACAGUCCUGGAAGGUGAAGAUAAUGUUCAAGGCUACACAUACUACCCUGUUAAUGGAUCUCUCGACCUUUCAUACUUUCCAUAUUAUGGCAAGCUGGCCCAGCCAACCUACGUGAAUCCGCUGGUGGCUGUAAAAUUCGACCUGGUUAACCAGAGGCAUGCGGUGAUCCAGUGCAGGUUGAUGGCCAACAACAUCGCCUAUCAGAACUUCUACGAUCCCUAUGAAGGAAAAGUGAUUUUUCAUUUAAAGGCUUUCAGUUAGCCAUGUUCAUGUUCAAUUAUAGGUGUGCUUUUUUUCCAUUGAUAUUUUUCCACUUCAUUUCUGUACGAAUCAAGAACAACAAACUUGCUUUGAAAAUCAGCCUUUGUAUUAGUUACAAUCUUACAGAAUAAACAAAAAUAGUACGGGUUGUAUUUACUCGUCCAAAAGACAUUUUAAUUUAAAUGGAUUGUAAGUUAAAUCAAACACACGGUUAAGUCUUAAAAAUAAAGAUAUGAAUAAAAAGAUUGCAAAUACCUCAUGCUCUUCUUAGCCCUUCCUGAAAAGUUUUUUUUUGUUUGUUUUUUUUAUUUAGCGUUGACACAAACACAGAGGAAAACUAAAGAACGUCACGUCCAUAUAAAACCAUAUAAAAUGUAUAUUAUCUCUAAGUUAUUCGUUCUUCUUUCAAAAAAUAAUUGGGGGAGGAAAUUACAAAGAAGAAAUUUUAACGACACACUGCCUUUGAAAUGACAAACACAAAUUAUUAUGUGACGCUUAGUGAAAUUUAGAUUUAAAAAAAAAAAAAAAAAAAAAAACCACCUAAGGUAAGAAAAAUAGUUGCCUGUAUGAAAAGUAGUAGGAGAACAACUAGAAAAA